AAACCACCACAUCUACCUAGCCAGCUGAAUACCUGACACACAAGACUCUGAACUCUCUGAACACCAUGGUGAGUUCAAAGAGACUUGCUCAGAUGGCCAAGAAGUGGCAGAGGAUGGCGGCCAUGGGAAGGAAGAGGCUCACACGGACAACCACAGCUAGAGCCUCUAAUGAGUGCUGCGCAACGUCGCCAUCGUCUUCGGUGGCAGUGAAGGGCCACUGCGUGGUGUACACUGCUGACGGAGCGCGCUUCGAGGUGCCGCUGGCAUACCUUGGCACAGCGAUCAUCGGCGAGCUCCUGAAUAUGUCCCACGACGAGUUCGGCUUCGCGAGCGACGGAAGGAUCACCCUGCCGUGCGAUGCGGCGGUGAUGAAGUACGUCAUGUGCCUGCUUAGAAAGAACGCAUCGGAAGAGGUUGAGAGGGCUCUCCUGAGCUCCGUGGUCAGGACUUGCCACCAGGAUAGUGGCUCGGAGCCAUCCAUGGGAGUUACUAGAUCAGUAGCUGUUUCUAGUUUCUAAAGUCUACAAAGGGACCUUUUUAGACUUCUUAGGCUCUUAGCCAUUAUUUAGGAUGAUGUAAAUAUGUAGUUUCAUAUGGGAGACAGAUUUUUCCACAGCAGAGCUGAGACUCCUGAACGCUGAGUUCUGUAGCAAUGGCUGUGAUAAGUUAAGGUAAGGCUCAAUUGCAUAAUGGUGUGAAUCUAUAAUGCAUUUGAGUUCACGAAAUAUCACAGUAUGCAUGGCUCGGGAGUUAAUCUCUAUUUUCCC